AUGGAAACGGAGGAAAUCAUCAAACUGGUAGACGGGAUCUACAAGAACAUAUUGGAAAAGUUCAAUCCCGGAGCACGACAGUUGAUCAGCGCUGGCAAGGCGUACCUGAAGGCACUGCAUGGAGCGUCCACCGCAUCGAACGUUUUCAACGAGGCGCUCGCCAAGAUCGCCGUCAAUGCACAGCAGGGAGGAACCAUCGACAUUGGUUCCGCCUUGAUGAACAUUGUCGGUGUGUACAAAGAGAUCCAGGAUCAGCACAUGAAUAUCCUGAAAGCAUUCUACGUCGAUCUGCUGGUGCCGCUGGAAACGAAUCUCGAGAAAGACACCAAAGUGGUACAGUUCGAGCAGAAGAAGUUUCUCCAGCAGCACAAGAUGCGCUCGGACAGCUACAGCAAGGCGGCCGCUACGAUGAAGAAGUACCGCAAGAAGAACUCGAAAAACACCCCCAAGGAGGCGGAGAAGGAAAUCAAGAGCAUCCAGGCGUUCGAGGAGGAAAAGCAUAAGCUGGACCAGUUCUGCGAGCAGAGCCUCAAGAACGCAAUGACACAGGAACGGCGCCGGUACGGGUUCGUGCUCGAGCGCCAGUGCUCGCUGGCGAAGCACUGGAUGGCUUACCAUCACUCCGGGCACAUGAUCAUCGAGAAGUCGCUGGACAACUGGAACGAUGUGGCGGCGACGCGCGAAUUUUUGCCACCGAACGUGGAGAACAUGUUCACCGCCAAGCAGGCGUUGCGCGACGUGGAGGAUGACGAUGACGAUGAUCGGGAGUCGAUCGCGUCCCAGCUGCGCAAGACACGUUCCAUCGAUGCCUCCUGUCUCGAUAUGCGCUCGCUGGCGGACGUCGCCAACAGCACGCUGCAGAUGCCGCGGGCCAAGUCGGAGUUUAAUCUGAACAACAACACCGGCACACUGCUGGGUGGUCACCAUCACCAUCACCACCAUCACGGGAUGAUGAUGAUGGGUGGGGGAGCGGGUAGUAUGGUGGGCGGUGGUGGUGGCAGUAACGGCAAACCGGACAUUUCACACUGGGAGCGGCCCACGGUGAAGGCACUGUAUGCGUACCUGUCGUCGGGCGAGAACCAGCUGAGCUUUCUCGAGGGGGACCGUAUCGCGCUGGUGGGCGAUCGGGCCAAGGGCUGGCAGUUUGGGGAGAACCUACGCACGCAAAAGUUUGGCUGGUUCCCGAUAGCCUACACCGAGACCGAGCGCGAUGACAAGGAAAGCAUCAGCGAGUGGGUUAAGGCUCCACCGAGCGACAUUGAGCUGGACCAUACGCCGGACACUUCGCUCGAGAGUACGCUGGUCGACGACAGUCUGACGAAGAUGUCGGGAUCGUACCACGGUGGGGAGGAUGCAUCUCCAACGCGCAUGUUCGGCGACACGAUCCAGUACCGGCAGUCGAAGCAGUUCCGUCGUCUGUCACGCGGUGAGAAGCCACCGAAGCCAGGACCACCGCCCCAGUUGCCGGCACCCGUACCGACACCGGUCGUACCGAACAGCUACAACAGUGGCAAACAGCAGCGCCACGACGGAGCCUCCGGAUCCGGUGGUUCCGGUGGAAUUCCACAGUCGAACAGCUUCUCGUCGGCAGGUGCACCACCGAUGUCGUCGGACAAACGCAAAUCGGGCUCGGCUACGAUGAACUUCAGCAAACCGCCAUCGAGCAGCAAUCCGAAGCAAAAACGGCAGAGCAACGGAAUGGCCAGUGCCUCGCUGCAUAGCAGCAAUGACAGUGGAUUCUCCAACGAGCCACAACCGCAACCGGAAGCCGAUCUGUAUUCGGACGAGGAACCAGUGAAUCGAGUGCCAAUAAGAUCUGCCCGCUCGGAGAAGAACUUGCUGAACGAUCAGUCGACCAUGACACGCCAAGGUGGGCGUGAUAGCAGCGUACCUUCACCACGCUACCACGAUGAGGAUGACAUCUACGGCACGAUAGUGCCGCCCCGACCGCGGCACCAGAGCCAGAUGAUGAUGCGGCAGGCCAACAGCUACGGCAACAUUGCGGAAAGCAACUCGGGUACGCUCGAGUACGGGUAUCGUUCACGCAACCGGAUGUCCGCGGAAAACCAUCCCAACCAGAGCGACUCGCAGAAGAUAAAGCGCACGAAAUCGUUCUGGAAGUUCUCCAAGUCCGAGGACCACAUCCUGGAAGGGAUGGCCAUGUGGAAGCACAACGACAUCAUACCGACGGGGCGUGAAAAGCGCGAGAUGGAGAAGAAGGAAGCCACGCUGAAGCGUAACAUGCGCAAGAAGGAACAGAUCGAGAAGCAGAAGCAGAAGGAAAUGAUUGCGGCCAAGGCAGAGGAGGAACAGCAGCAGCAGCAGCAGCAGCAGCAGCAGCGUCGUAAAGAUAACUCCCGAGGUAACGCCAACGGCAUGAUGGACACCGAGAGCAACACAAGCACACUCGUUCGGAGCAAUAAUCGGGAGUCGCGUGAACGCGACCGAGAUCUUCGUGAACCGGCACGCGAACGGCCGCAUAGCAUCGCACUGAUGCCGGAGCAGGAAAAGUUCCCGAUCACCAAAUCGGACAUCGACAAGCGCAUCUCGAAGAUUGACCAGGAGUUCCACCAGCAGCAGAAGAAGGCGAGCCGUGGUGGACAGGAUGAGGAGCGUGGUGGCCGUACGGGUCGCGAUCGGAGCGGUGGAGAUCGCAAGCAGUCGAAGGGGGGUGGUAAAAAUGACACCAACAACAACAACCGCCAUAGUUACGCUGGGGAGCAUCUGCACCGUCAGCACCAGGAGCAGGAACUGUACGGUGAGGCACCGAUGGGUGGUAAGCAGGGCAAGCAGGACAAGUACCGGACGACGGAGCGCGAGACGAGCAAGAACCGGAACAAUGAUGCACUGAACAAGUACUACCAGGAUCAGACCUUCGACGACUUCUCGAUUAUUCCGGCUGACUCGAUCAUGAUGCAGGACACAAGCUUCUACGAUGAUGACGGCAUGAUGGAUGACAUGAUGCUGAUGAAGACGGUGCGGCGUAAGGAGAUCCUGAAGCAGUACUACUCGAGCGGCACCGAUACGGAGCGCAACUCGUCCAGCUCUGAUCCGUACGAUUGUAUCGUCGUGGACGAUCAUCUGGUGGCAAAGUCUGGCCGGGACCGGAAAGCGAACGGUGCCGAUGGUUCCAUGAUGCGCAUGAUGACUGACAGGCGCGGCGACAAGAAGGAUCGCGGUAUGUCCGAUGAUAAGAUGGCGUUCUCCACAUUCCGUGGCGGUGUUUCGGGUGGCAAUGGAGGCCGGGGACAGUUGGACGACGAUGACGAUGAUACGAUGAUGGCUUCGAUGACACUGGAUGACGAGCUGAUGGAGGAGGAACAGCAACAACAGCAGCAGCAAUCGCGCCAGCAGCAGACACGCGACCGUCGCACGAAGAGCUCCAAGGGUAAUCUGUCCGAGGCGAAGUAUGAGUCGGAGCAGGAGGCUCGCAUCAGCGCCAAGAUGCAGAACAACGGUCAGCAGCAGCAGCAUCAGCAGCAACAGCAGAAGCGCAAGUCCACCAAAUCGAUCGCCUCGGACGGUAAGGCGUACGGGCCGUGGUAUGACCUCUGGGGUGCGGAUAGCUCAGUCCACAACCAGAAGCUGUAA